UCUCUCUCUCUCGUGCGAGCGUCCGCAGAAAACGAAGCAAGGAAUCGUCCGUAGAUAACUCGACAAAUCCCUCUGCCACCCCACCCACACAUCAUCAUCAUCAUCUUCAUCAUCUUCAUCUUCAUCCGCAUCAUCCCUUCUCUCUACUCGAGCUCUACUAGAAGAGAAAAGAGGAGAAAAUAAAAGAGAGAGACAGAGAGGGGUGGGUUUUGAGUGUAGUGUGGGUUGGGAGUAAGAAAGAUUUUAAGAAAGAUUUGGAGAUGGUCUGUUUUGGUUGUGGGCUUGGUGGAAAUGUGUUGAUGUUGGGAGUGGGAGGAAAUGGGUUAAUGCGGCUGUGAUGAGAACAGGUAAACAAGGUCAUAAGGAAGAGUUUAGACUUAGAUUGGGGGAAAGUUGUAUUUGAAAUUGUAGCAUGGAGAGGAGAGCAGGUGGCCUCUUCCCACUUCGGAUCUUUUGGUUCAUGCUGUUUUUGUGGACUUGCUUCGAGAACAAGUCCUCUGCAACUCUCUCUCCUUCUGGUAUCAACUAUGAAGUUGUAGCAUUGAUGGCUAUUAAAAUGCAACUAAACGACCCAUAUAACGUUUUAGAGAAUUGGGAUAUUAACUCCGUUGAUCCAUGUAGUUGGAGGAUGGUCACGUGCUCUGCUGAUGGAUACGUUUCUGCUUUAGGUCUACCCAGUCAAAGCUUGUCUGGGACUUUAUCAGCUGGCAUUGGAAAUCUCACGCAUCUUCAAUCUGUGCUGCUGCAGAAUAAUGCUAUUUCUGGUCCUAUUCCUUCUGAUAUUGGCAAGUUGGAGAAGCUCCAAACACUUGAUCUCUCCAACAAUCAGUUCAAUGGCAGUAUACCUAGUUCGCUGGGAGAGCUCGAGAACCUUAACUAUUUACGACUUAAUAACAACAGUUUGUCUGGGCAUUGCCCCGAUACAUUGUCCAAUAUCAAUGGCCUUACUCUCUUGGAUCUGUCAUAUAACAAUUUAAGUGGUCCCCUACCAAAGAUUACUGCUAGGACUUUCAACAUAAUUGGAAAUCCUUUGAUAUGUGGCUCAAAAUCUGGAAACAACUGUUCUUCCAUGUCUCUGGACCCAAUCUCAUAUCCACCAGAUGAUUUAAGGGGCAUAUUGGGUUUCUCAGCUCAGCCACAAUCUGGAGUGGCAAGGAAUCACCGCUUAGCUAUCGCCUUUGGUGCAAGUGUCGGUUGUGUUGCUUUGCUCAUUGUUGGUGUUGGUUUGCUCCUUUGGUGGCAGCACAGACACAAUCAACAGGUUUUCUUCGAUGUAAAUGAUCAAUAUGAUCCAGAAGUAUCCCUGGGUCAUCUGAAGCGAUACUCCUUAAAGGAGCUCCGAGUAGCUACUAAUAAUUUUAACUCAAAGAAUAUCCUAGGGAAAGGUGGAUAUGGGAUUGUCUACAAGGGGUGCUUGCGUGAUGGUACGAUUGUAGCUGUUAAAAGAUUAAAAGACUACAAUGCUCUUGGUGGGGAAAUUCAGUUUCAAACUGAGGUUGAAAUGAUAAGUUUGGCAGUUCAUCGGAAUCUCCUUAGGCUUGUUGGAUUCUGCACGACAGAGAAUGAGAGACUUCUUGUCUACCCUUACAUGCCAAAUGGAAGUGUUGCUUCUCAAUUAAGAGAACAUGUCCAUGGUAGACCAGCUCUUGACUGGCCAAGGCGAAAGAGGAUAGCGUUGGGGACAGCAAGGGGUUUGCUGUACCUGCACGAACAGUGUGACCCCAAAAUAAUCCAUCGCGACGUAAAAGCAGCAAACAUUCUUCUUGAUGAUGAUUUCGAGGCAAUUGUCGGGGAUUUUGGAUUGGCGAAGCUUUUGGAUCAUCGUGAGUCACAUGUAACGACAGCGGUCCGUGGUACUGUUGGGCAUAUAGCUCCAGAAUAUCUGUCGACUGGACAGUCAUCAGAAAAGACCGAUGUUUUUGGCUUUGGCAUACUAUUACUUGAGUUGAUUACAGGUCAGAAGGCACUGGACUUUGGACGGGUAGCAAAUCAGAAAGGAGUGAUGCUUGAUUGGGUUAAGAAGCUUCACCAAGAGAAGCAGCUGAGCAUGAUGGUCGACAAGGACCUAAAGAGCAACUACGACAGGGUCGAACUGGAGGAGAUGGUCCAGGUGGCGCUCCUCUGCACACAAUUCCACCCUGCGCACCGCCCGAAGAUGUCGGAAGUGGUGAGGAUGUUGGAAGGGGACGGCCUUGCCGAGAAAUGGGAGGCCUCACAGAAUAUUAAUACUAGUAAUAAUAGUAUCAGCAACACUCCAAAGUCUGUUAAUAGGUCCAUGGAGCAGCUGCCUCCAAGAUAUUUGGACUUUGGUGAGGAUGAGUCUUCAUUAUAUUUGGAGGCCAUGGAGCUCUCUGGCCCUAGAUGAAAAAACAGAAUGUUUAUUUGUACAUGCCUUCAUUUUUUUUUUUUCUUUCUUUUUCCCCCCCCAUUUUGGUUUUUGGAUCAGAGUAAGGAGCUAGAAGGGAAGGUGGUUCUAUUUGAGCUGGUAUAUUAGAAUUAGGAUUAAAUAUAGUGAGAUAAAUGUAUUAUUGUCGUGUACAGAAGGAAAGAGAGAAGAGUGGUGGGUAUAGCGCUGAGAACAUUUCUUAUCCAUUUCGGAAUAUUUUCGUCUUUGGGAACACUCUCUGGCCGUAGAAUCUCUAAUUCAUCUGCAAUUUGCGGAAGCUAUCUCGUGCUUCGCCGUAGAUUGGAAUAAUGGGGUUAUUAUUUGUUGUGCUAGCUGACUGGUGUUUUUUUUUUCUCCUUUGAACUGUGGAAAUUAAUACUCUGUUGUGAGUUAAUACUCUGUUGUGCUAUUCAUGCAAAUGCAAUUGUACUGUGGCAUUGAGUAAUCAAGGUGUAUGUAUUACAAAGUUUUGUUGCUGAGACUCUUGCCAAGAGCUGAGCUAGAUAACUGUCGAUACCAUUGAAUUGAGCUAUUCGUAAA